GCUAAAUCUAAACAAUUAUUGAAAUAAAUACAGUAUUAUUAAUAAAUAAACAAAUCUUUUAAUACAGUUGUGUGUCCUUAAUAUAAUGAUAAUUUCAGUUAGUAUUCUUAAAUAGGUUAUAAAUAUAAAUCUAGAUCAUGUCUUAUAUAAUGAUUUAUGUAAUGGGAAUGUGCAAGGCUGGCACGUUGCCAUUAUUUCCAUUUAAAGAGGAAUGACAUUUUAAAGUCUCUUGGAGGGAUACUGUACAUGCAAUUAGCUGAAAUUACUCUUUAACCAAUUGUUCAUUUUCUGGAGAAUCUAAAAGCAAUGGCAUGUUUUGGGUAGGCCAGGCUCUAUAAUCAAUAGCAACUAUCUCAGCUGUGCAUACAGUAUGUGCUUGGCUCAGCAUGGGCGACAACAAACUGCAGCUGUUGUUGGAGCUUCUGGUGCUUUUAAUGGGCUGCUGAAAAGGCAAGUGGGCAAGUAGUUCAAGUAUUAUAUUAACACGAUGACAUGUGCAUUUAAAAAGGUUUUGUGUUAUUGAAGGGUUGCUGUCUGGACACUAUUAGUGUUCUGGUGCUCGCUAGUCUAAUGCUGCAACUCAUUUUGUUCAAGGAUUCAUGUUAUUGUCUUAUAUUUAUUUAAUUUAUUUAACUCACUGGACUCUAACUAACUAUUAAAUUAUAAGAGAAAGAACAUUAAGCUUGAUGGAUUGUUUUGGCAAGCUUUUUAUAUGCAUGCAUACAUACAUGCACAUAAAGAAAGGCUGACAAAAUGUCUAACAUGUUUUCUUCAAACACUGUACAAAACAAUGCACCAAGUCUUUUUUUUAUUCUGUUCAGAGUAGGCCUCAAUGUCAGGAUACCCUAGCGUCAGCAUUUACACUGAGGGGUAUACUGAACCGGCAAACAGGUGUCUUGUACUAGCUGAUCUAUGUUCUCUGCCUCUCAUAUUUCCUUUGACGCUUUUUCUUUUUUUUAAAUCUAUAUGUGCUGGAUGGGUAUCAGGUUCAGUUAUGUCUAACAUAAGCAGGUUAUUCCUGUUCUUAAUUCUUACACUCAAUAAGUGAAUUAGUAGAAAUAGUUGCAUGCUAAUUAAUUUAACUAAAGAAUGGAAUGUAGAAUAUUGAAAAACAACAACAACAACCAUACAUUUACCCUACUGAGAAAAUGUGGUUUAAAAUUGCUGCAGUGUAAAUUGAUCGGUGAGCAACAAACACAGAAAUUGCUGUAUCAGAGAAACAGUGUAUAGGCUGGACUAGAUGGCCCAUUUUACUACAUAUUAUUUUGCAACAGCCUAAAAUUCAAAACAAACAACAAAUCAAAUAUAAUGGGUGAUCAUAAUUCUGGUUGGCUGCAAUUGCAUCAGCAUGUUUAUGCAGUGCUCCCCUGGAAAUAUCCAUGCAUGUGGCUCACAGCUGGCAUGGCUGAACGUGUCAAUGAGUUGAUCUUUCCCAACAGCAAAGGCUUUCGCUAAAGUGCUGAUCACUGCCAGAAAGAUGUUGCACUCCCCCAUGUCAAGCAAGUAUAGCUGCGCUCUGACUCCUCCUAUGGUAUCUUAAACGUCCACCAUGAAGAGGAAGUGGAUUAACUGCACUCUUUGAAUUCACAAUUGGUGGACUUGGUGCUGCCAAGCAAUUGCAAACGUAGAUCACACAGACCUUUCAAUUUGUUAACAAAGGUUGAUGCACUAAAUUAUACUCUAGAAAUCAUCUGCAAUGGAUAAUAUGAAUGAGCUGUGGAAUUCAACAGCUUUUACAGAAAAUGUCUACAUCUCAAAACGAAGUAUUAGAAAGAUUCUCAUCAGCAAGAGGCAUUAUCUGCCUGUGGAGAGUAACAUUUCUGACACUGUGAAAAUGAACUAUAAUCUACCCAGGGAAGAGGACAUCUGUACUUCGACCAGUCGCAAUGAAAGAAAAACUAAAAAAAUACGAAUCCAAGAGAAUUCAGGGACUCAAGCUACAUGCCACUUUCCUCAGAAAUGUUCUGAACAAUCCCAUGAAGAGGAUAGAGAAGUUGAUAUAACUGAUGUGAAGGCUGAGCCUGGAUCUGAUUCCCGACUGAAUCAUGAGCACUUGGAAGCAACCAGCAUCACCAACGUAAAAGUGAAACAGGAGGUGGAUAUAACUGUGCCAUGUGAACUGGCAGCGAUUCCAAGAGAUCAGCAGGGGACUGUGGGGGAUAAAUGCGAGACUGAGGGAAAGGAAGCAGGUUCUUCUCAGAAGCAGGUUUUAAAAAAUAAUUUGGUCUUUGCAGGCAUGAAGAAGCGAGGGAUAGAGGGAGACAUGGAAAACCGCCCGUACAAGUGCCCAUACUGCAGCUGGGCUUUCAAAAAGUCCAGCAACCUGUUGAGCCAUAUCAACACUCACCAGGGUCUUAAACCACACGUUUGUGACCUGUGUGGGAAGGCCUACUCGCACCAAGGAACUCUUCAGCAGCACAAGCGGCUCCACACGGGCGAACGACCGUACCAAUGCCCAUUUUGUGAGAAAAGCUACAUUUGGUCCUCUGACUUCCACAAACACAUCCGAACGCACACCGGAGAGAAGCCGUACAACUGUGAGGAAUGUGGCAAGGAUUUUGUGCGUUCCUCAGACCUGCGGAAGCACGAGCGCAACAUGCACACCAACAACAAGCCUUUCCUCUGCAAGCAGUGCGGCCAAACCUUCAACAAACCCCUGUCUCUUCUCCGUCACGAGCGCACGCAUUUGGGUGAGAGGCCCUUUGUUUGCCCGGAGUGUGGGAAAGCAUUUGCCCUGGCCAGUCGCAUGACAGAGCACAGGAAAAUCCACAGCGGCGUGCGUCCCUACACCUGCUCCAUUUGCUCCAAAGCAUUCACCAAGUCCUCCAACCUCGCUGAACAUCUCACAGUUCACAGCGGAGUGCGGCCGCACAAGUGCUCAGAGUGUGGGGUGGCAUUCGCUACGGCGUCCCGGCUAGUGCGACACCAGCGUAUUCACGCAGCUGUGCGCUCCAAUCACUGCCAAAGCUGCGAUCUGUCAUUCAGCCACCCUGCAGCACUCAGGAAGCAUCAGAAGCAGCAUGGAGAGGGUACAAUCUUUGUAUGUGGGCAGUGCAGUAAGUCUUUCCCCCAGGAUUCCCUGCUUACAGAACACAUGCAAAGCCAUGCAGAUGCUGCGAUUCAUAUUACUUAAAUCUACCCAUUUUGCACUGAAGUAACUGCAACAGGAUAGCAAGUAAGGCUAGUUAUUUUAUCUAUCUAUCUAUCUAUCUAUCUAUCUAUCUAUCUAUCUAUCUAUCUAUCUAUCUAUCUAUCUAUCUAUCUAUCUAUCAGAAUUCAGCCUUAACAACAGUUAUAGCUAGAAUAAAAAACUAGUGUUACCUGCAGGG